UUUUUCUUACGCCCCCUUCCACGUCGACUUGCCCUAUCGCCAUAUUUCAACUCGUUGCAUCAAAAAAGGGAUUUAUGAAGCCGGUUAAAUAAGUUAGUUUAAACCAGAAAAUUUAACAGUAGACUUUAAGUCAUUUUCACCGGUGUCAAAAGAAGGCAUCAGCUCUAGCAAUGAACAUCUUCAGGUUAACGGGAGACCUCUCUCACUUGGCAGCUAUCAUCAUUCUCCUGCUCAAAAUAUGGAAAACCAGGUCGUGUGCUGGUAUCUCCGGGAAGAGCCAGAUCCUAUUUGCUUUGGUCUUCACUACUCGCUACCUGGACCUCCUCACCUCCUUCAUUUCCCUCUACAACACCACCAUGAAGGUUAUCUACAUUGGUUGUGCCUACGCCACUGUCUACCUGAUCUACAUGAAGUUCAAGGCCACCUAUGAUGGGAACCAUGACAGCUUUCGAAUGGAGUUCCUGGUGGUUCCUGUAGGGGGCCUCGCCUGCCUGGUCAACCAUGACUUCUCUUUCCUAGAGAUCCUGUGGACAUUCUCCAUCUACCUGGAGUCGGUGGCCAUCCUGCCCCAGCUCUUCAUGAUCAGUAAGACGGGCGAGGCGGAGACAAUCACCACCCACUACCUGUUCUUCCUGGGUCUCUACCGGGCCCUGUACCUCUUCAACUGGAUCUGGCGCUUUUACUUCGAGGGUUUCUUUGACAUGAUCGCCAUCGUGGCCGGCAUGGUGCAGACCAUCCUCUACUGCGACUUCUUCUACCUUUAUGUCACCAAAGUGCUGAAAGGAAAGAAGCUGAGCCUGCCAGCAUGAGAGGUUCAGACGGAGACCCCGUGUCUCCCAGCAGACUCAGGGUGCGUGGAGAUGACAUCACGGGAACCCCGCUGAGCAAGCACAAGAUGCCUGAGAGACAGAGCGACUCAAGGGGGGGAAACACUAGUCUUCUUCAUGAAUAACUUUGAACUGGUAAACAACGGCUCCAAAACUGAAUGAGAGGUCAUCCCAGGUCUUCACACAGUCAUCAGAUAUCUAUUUUUAGCAUCUUGCCUUACCUUUUCUCAUUGCUGUUCAAAAUAGAAAGAAAACAUGUUUUUUUUUUCGACAUGUGAGGUGUGCUCUUUGAUGGCUCAAUAUGCAUUGUAUUGAUUAGGGUUGACUCAAUACAAAGUACCAUGCCAAACUUCAAAAUGAAAUGCAAAAAUGUAGUCUUUGAUUAAGAUGGAAACGAUGUGUCAAGGAGUAUUAUGUAAUGAUGAUUUUAUGUCUUGUUUUUUUCAUAGUUUUUUACAUGACUGUACCCCCGUGGCCAAUUUUAUUAUUCACAACUACAUUUACUUAUGUUUUGUAGGUGCUCUUUCAUUUGGAUAUCCCAGUUUGCACUCCUCUCUUGAAAAAGUGAUCCUGCAAAGCCCACUUCUGGGUUCUUGUUUAUAGAACCCUUUGCCCAAUAUAUUUUUUUCCAGUUGCCCUUUUGACAUUUUUGGCAAAAUUUGCUUCAAUGCAGUUGUCAAAUUUGAAAAGCAUAAAUUCUUCAUCUUGGUGUCCUCCAUUUAUGUACAUACUUGUCAUUCUAAGAUGAAGUUCCCCUCUUAACAUGAUACAUAUCACCGUUCACAUCACCAACCAAAAUAAGAGUUUAUUGCAUUACUUAGGCCCAGCAUCAGCUUGUUCAACAUUGGAUGAUUGUAAGUAAUUUAGGGGUCCAUAUCAGUAAAUGUGCUUUCCGAUAGGGCUAUUUGGUUUGUUUUCAAUGCAGUCAUAGACUAAGGUUAAUUUGAUUGAAUACUGUAAUCGCCUUACAUGGUCAGUUUGUUUAGCUGUUUAAAUAAAGAUGCAGUCAUUUGUCACAGGUAAAAGACCCAUUGAAAUAUACAUGAUAUUCUAGAACAGGGUUGAGGAGGAUUGUGUGAGAUAUGGUGUUUGGUAUGUAUGCAUUUGAGUAACAUGUUGAGAUUUGACCCAUUUUCCCAGCUAAGUAAACCUCCAUAGUCUUAAUUUGAGUCAUUCCUAUAGCUUCUUUUGUUUUAAGUUGCAUGAUAACUGUGAUACCACCUCACCUCCAAUAAACUUUUUAUGAAAAAGCA